AAGUAAACUCAGUCUAAUUUCUACUUCUCCAUGGAUUCAUGGGGAGCCUCCUCAUGAGGCAACGGUUGACGAUUUCAUUUUCACGCUUUCCCUCCUGUACGCGUGAUUUCAUUUUCAGCGGCUGGUUCAACUCAGUAAUCAAAACCACCCGGGAAGACGCCCCAUAGCUGUUUUACAGAGACAGCUGCCAAGGUCAAGCCGUCUCGUCUGAAUUCUUCUGGAAUUCACCUUUAUCGCUCCGUGUAUAACUGCUGCAGGUACAGAGGGGGUGACUGGUGAGGGAGAUAAAAGUGAUUGUGAGAGGAAGGAAGAGGUAGAUAACCGGGAUGCACGCGAAGUCGAAGGGUUCGAGACCUCGCCUUGACCGGCGAAACGCCAUCAAAGGCAUCGAUUACGAGGCUUCCGCCUCGAUGACGACGGCGUCGAGGCCGUCUUGUUCGUUCAACGACCAGUCAACUCCCCGCACCCGAUCGCUUGACUUUGUCCCGCUCUCUGAGAGGACGAGCUUCCGAAUUGAAGGGACCGACGGCGAAUUCGAUCAAAUUUGCCGCUCUCUAGGGCUUUCCCCUGAAGAUUUCGCCAUUCCGACUGCUGCUUGGGAGGCUCGGAGAUGCUCCUCUGCUUCCAACAGUGUAAGGAGCUCUAGACUUACGCGUAGUGGGGUUUUGGACGCGGAUAGGCUGGCUGAUAGUUUUGCUACUAGUGCUGUGAUUAGGAAUGAUGAUGAAUUGGAGGACUGUUUAGAUGUUGCUGGAGUUGAACACGAAGCUAGGGCUAGAAUAGGCGAGGACAUCGGAACCACAGAUGAAAACUUGUGCAAAGACGGUUGCCGUGGAAUUAAGGGCGCGAGGCCGCCGAGAUUAGCUGCUCCAGAAUCAGUUGUAGAUCAUUUGAGCAAACCUUGGGGUUUAGAUAGGAGUUUUAGUCAUCCUAAUGACGAGGAUUCUGGUUCUCUGGAGGACAGCCCAACCGAUUCAGAAGACUUCCAAAGAACUGAGGAUGUUGGAAAUGCAAUUGAAAAUGAAGAAAGAAGUGAUGAUAAUUUAAUAGAUGGUGCUGGUCUGGUACCAGAAUCUUUUUCGGAUUCACACAGUGACUGUAAUGAAGAAAGAAGUGAUAAUAAUUUAAUAGAUGGUGCUGGUCUGGUACCAGAAUCUUUUUCAGAUUCACACAGUGACUGCAAUGAAGAUGAUGAUCCAGACACGUUGAAAGCAGAAUCUGAAUCUCUGUAUACCGUUUCAGCUCAUGCUUCUUUCAGGUGCAGCAUAAAGACUUGGCAAAAGGGUGACUUUCUUGGCAGUGGAUCAUUUGGAACAGUCUAUGAAGGCUACACUGAUGAUGGCUUCUUUUUUGCUGUAAAGGAAGUUUCUUUACUUGCCACAGGAAACCAAGGCCAGCAAAGCAUUUUUCAACUUGAACAGGAGAUUUCACUUUUAAGUCAGUUUGAACAUGAAAACAUAGUUCGGUAUCUUGGAACAGACAAGGGUGAUAGCAAACUCUAUAUUUUCCUUGAACUUGUACCUAAAGGUUCACUAGCAAGUCUUUACCGCAAGUAUCAACUGCGUGAUACCCAGGUUUCCGCAUACACUAAGCAAAUUUUAAGCGGAUUACAUUAUCUUCAUUUACGUGACGUGGUUCAUAGGGAUAUAAAGUGUGCCAAUAUACUGGUAGAUGUAAAUGGUUCCGUGAAACUUGCAGAUUUUGGAUUGGCAAAGGCAGCAAAACUGAAUGACAUAAAAUCAUGCAAGGGAACACCAUUCUGGAUGGCGCCAGAGGUUGUUAACCGGAAAAACAAUGGCUAUGGGCGUGCUGCUGAUAUAUGGAGCCUUGGGUGUACUGUUUUAGAGAUGUUAACCGGCCAAAUUCCAUAUUCUAACUUAGAAGGGAUGCAAGCACUGUUCCGAAUUGGUAGAGGUGAACGCCCUCCUAUACCUAAUUCUUUGUCAAAAGAUGCCCAGGAUUUUAUCUGUAAAUGCUUACAAGUUAAUCCAACUGAUCGGCCUACUGCUGCUGAACUAUUGGAACAUCCAUUUCUGAGGACAGCUAGUCCUGUGCCUCCCAGGCCAUGAAAUAAUUUUGGAACUUAAUUGGUGUGUGACGGCUGAGAUUAUUCAAUGGAGUCAUUCCAGCCGGGAAUUGUCACUUUCUACACUAUAGUGUAGUAGAUGAUUUUACAAGAGUAAAGGGGUAUUCAUAUUGUAUAUAUGAUCUCUGUACUAUGAUCUGCCAUCCCUUCCUCAUUUAUCAUUCUCGCAUGAAUCUCGGGAUUUACUGAAUCAAGAAGACUAGAGCCUUUAAUGAAGGCACAAGUGCAUUUGCUGUUUUGAGAGCUCGAGAACCUGAAAUCGUAAACCUGGAAACAAAGUCCCUGGAAGUAAGUACAAGCAGCACAACCAAGGGUAUGGCUUUUCUAACCAAGUGUCUGAACACCGCAAUUGUACUAGAGCUGGAUUAUUGCUUUUCUUGAUUUUUGAUUCUUUAGUCUCAUUCUUUUGACCUAUGCGUCUGCCUCGUGUAGAGGAUUGUGGUUGUGAAGCGAAUUGUAAAUACUGACUUCUUUCUCUUGUGCGUUGUUAAAGGAAAUUGUUAGAAUUGCUUCAUCGGGUUUAUGUUGCACCAAUUAUGCAAUUUUGCUCUGCGCUAUAACUAGUUUCUGCAGAUUAUUACGGAGUA